AUCUCAACCGAAGCGUGAAAUUAUUGAGUGAUCGGUAACCCCGCUGAUUAGACCAGGCCGACUACAUUAGUGCUGGCCCGAACAUUUGGCAAUUAUAAAUACAGGCUCUCUUGUUACAAUUACGUUAAGAUUUUCUAGCCGCACUCGAUCUCAUUUUGAAGUGAUUGCCAUCUGUGAGGAGGAUAUCUAUAGAGCUGGCUGAUUGCUAAGUUGUCAUGAAGCUUGACGAAGAUAGAGAUAGGGUCCUCAAAUCAGCAGACCAGGGUACUGCUGAUCAGUACCAACGAUUCCUCUGCAAUAAGGGAGGCUGUUUUCUAACACAGGGUAUACCACGUGCAAUAAAUGUAACUCUCCUCCCUACACCUGUGUCAGAGAGUGCAUACAACCAUUUAGUUAAUGCUCAGGAGCCACUGAACAAACUGAUAGAACUAUCAAGUCGUGAUGUAGCUUUCGUAACGAGGACGAUAGAACCAUGCACUAAAGUGGACUACCUAGCCAAGCGGCUAUUGGACAUCUACAAACUGUGUGUGUUAGACGAGAAUCAGAUUACUCUUGGGAUGUACAGACACGACUAUAUGUUUCACAGUCCCAACCCAACUGGGGAUGACGCUCUUCACAACGGAGCUUUCAAAAUGGUGGAAGCAAACCUGAUGUCAGCAGCACUUUUGGGAACAGGAACCCACGUCAUGGAGCUUCACAACCAGGUCCUAGCGAGGGAGCUGCCAGAGAGGAAGCAGCCCUACAAGAAGACCCUGGUCCCUAUGGUACGGGGCAUCGCCUCCGCUUGGGGUCUCUAUGACAGGCCUGGGAGCGUAUUUUUGUUUUUGGUUGCACCGGAUGACUUCAACUGGUUUGAUCAACAAAAGAUGAUCGACACAAUGUGGGAUGACUAUGGUAUUAUAAGCAUGAAGAUGACUUACGAGGAGUUCAUGGAGGAAGGAGAACUCAGCUCUGACAACAGGUACUACGUGCGAGGGAAAGAAAUAGCGAUAUUCUAUUUUCGGAGUAUGUGGAACGAAGAUCAUUACAAGACUGAGAAACACUGGGAGACAAGACUGAAAAUAGAAAGGAGUAAAGCGGUGAAAGUUCCAAAUAUUCGGCAUCAGUGUAUAAAUCUGAAAUACUUCCAACAAGCGUUCCUAAACAAAGGGGUCAUGGAGAAGUAUCUGACAGAGGGAGAGUCUAAGUUGGUCAAAUCGGUGUUUGCAGAGCUGUACCAGUUGGCUCCAGGAGCAGAGGGUGACAAAGCAGCUCAGCUUGCGUUUGACGACCCACGAGGGUGGGUAUUGAAGCCGAGUAGAGAAGGGGGAGGUAACAAUAUUUGGGAGGAGGAGAUGCUUGAGAAGCUAACUCAACUCCACGACUCUGACGAAAGGGAAGCUUUCGUCCUCAUGCAGCGCCUCAAUGCACCACAUGUUCCGAACAGGGUGGUGAGGAGUGGACCAAAUGAACGAGCGAAGCUGUCAGAAACUUUCGAUACGACAGCAGAGCUUGGGUUAUUCUGCGUGUAUGUUGCCGAUUCCCAAGAAAAGGUCUUGGUGAAUGAAGUUGCUGGGCCACUCAUAAGGACGAAGCCAGCUGCAAACAACGAAGGAGGGAUCGCCAUAGGCAUUGGAGUCAUGGACUCGGUAGUUUUUGCAGAUUAGAAUUAUUAGUUAUAAAUAAUUAUUACAUCGUUAAUUGAUUAUAUCGUAAUUUUGCACUCAAAACUUUAGAUCCUUUUACUUGUUAGUGUUUUUAUCCAUUUUCAAUAAGGGCCGGAUAUACAUGUUUAUGUUUUUACAGAACAUUAUAAUAAUUCACUGUAGAUUAAAACAUCGAUCAUUGCGAUAGGUGUCAAUUGUUAAAAAUAUAGCAAGAACAGUGAUUUAUUCGACAACAAAUGAUUAUUAUUAAUAAUUUGUAUGGAAAUAAAGAUUUUGAACUUAUA